AUGGUGUCAGGUCAGAUCUCUAUUGCCCAAACCUCAACAUAUGCAUUGAUGGACACUGAUGCAUCACAUUCUUUUGUAGCUGCCUCUUUUGUUGAAAAAUUGAAUAGAAUGCUUGAACCUAUGCCUAGUGUCUGUGGGGUGUCAUUGCCUUCAAGGGAAGAUAUGGUGGUGCGGUCAUGGUAUGGUGCCAUAAUGAACUGUAAGAAGAGGAUAGUGGUUUUCAAACUGGUAGGAGAAAAGCAGUUUACGUUCCAAGGCGCAGCCAGGGAAAAGAAAUUCGUGAUGGUCUCUGCCAUGAAGGCGAGGAAGGUGUUAGGGGACGGGAGCAUCGAUAUUCUCCAAGAUAGAUCUCCGAUCAGAGUUAAGGAGUCAGACAUACCUAAGACAACGUUUCAGACGCGGUAUGGUCACUAUGAGUUCCUAGUGAUGUCCUUCGGACUCAACAAUGAACCUGCUGCAUUCAUGGACCUCAUGAACCGAGUGUUUAGCGAGUUUCUAGAUAAAUUCGUCAUUGUGUUUAUUGAUGAUAUUUUGAUAUACUCGAGGAACUCAGAGGAACAUGCAGUGCAUUUGGAGGUGGUUCUUCAGCAUAUGAAGGAACAAAAACUUUAUGCCAAAUUCUCCAAGUGUGAAUUUUGGCUGGAAAAGAUGCCACCCAAACGUCUCCCACCACUUGAGAUCCCUAUGGAGGAUCAUUAUGUCGGUCGUAUGACCUAUAAGGGUUCCGGGAGGUUAACAAAAUUGAAGAAAAGAUUUGAGGAGCAUGGAUUGUUGGGGAGGGAGAAUGAGUCUGUUUUUGGACCAUUCUUCACAGCCCCUCCCUUUUCGUUCUCUGGGGCAUUGGUUCACACACUACUUUUGCGGAAGGUCAAGUCUCCGCGUGGCGAUGAGGUGCACUUCUUGAUGGGCCCAAACUUAUGUAAGUUUGGGGUGCACGAGUUUGCCAUUAUCACCGGCCUGAGCUGCUCCUGUCCACCACUUGCCAUUGACAUUGAACCUCACAUUACUUCCUCCCACCUAGUUGAUACAUAUUUCAGUGUGGAACCCGAAAAAGACAUUCGGUUCAGUAUCUUGGAACGAGCUUUUAGUAUGUGCGAUGUACCUGAUGAUUUGUACAAGCUCGGUUUGGUUUACUUUGUGGAGGGGAUACUAUUGGGCGCUGAGAACGACAAUGCUAUUUGGCGAGAUUCAUUGUCGAUGGUCGAGGAUUUAGAUUAUUUUGAGAAGUAUCCAUGGGGAUCCCUUUCAUUCGAUACAACUGUGAAACAAUUCAAUAGAGAUAUGAAAGCGAUUGGUGGAAUAAUACCAGGUAAGAAGGCGAAGAAGAUCACUGAGGUGGAGUCUUCUAAGGGUUUUAAGGUGGAGGCAAAGUACACUUGCAAGGAGUAUCCACCAGCCUUGCAAUAUUGGGCGUACGAGACGAUUCUUGAUUUACAGAAGGAACACGCCAAGCCCUGUGGAUUCAAGUUCCCUAGGAUGCUACAGUGGGAGAGCAUAGGCCAGCCGAAGCAUUUGCAUUUGAAGGAUGUACUUGCGAGGAGACAUUUGUCAUGCAUUUCUAUCCUAAGGCCUCGACCAAAUGAGCGAGACUUCUUUGAUGUCGUAUAUCAGAGGACAGAGGGGGAUGCUCCUAGGUAUGCGAUGCUGCAGAAUAUGAUCCAGCCUGCACCAGAGGAUGGAAGACCUUACGAUCCUGAGGCAGAGGCUGUUGCGGUGGAUGAGAUAGCCGUUGAGGCUGGCAUAUUUGUGGAGGAUGCCCCGACAGAGUCUGCUCUAGAUACUAGUACAGAACCUACUUCUGCUCCUGCUCCUGCUCCUGGGGCUUAUGAGGAGGUGUUGGGUGAGAUAGCCAGACUAUCAGGUGUAGUGGACGAUGUUAAGGCCACUCUAGGUAUCGUCCUUAAAAAUCAAGAAGUCAUAUUAGAGAAGCUGGCAACACUAGGUGGUAUACCUACUCCUGCACCUACUCCUGCACAUACUCAUGCACCCACUCCAACAGAUGAUGUAGAGUACGACAUUCUCCCCUCAUGUUACGAGCCUUCUGUUGGAGAAGCCACACCUUCUCAGCCAGUGCAGACGGUCUUAGGUAAGCGUACUAGACAGAGACCAGUAAGGUACGGGGACUAUACUCCAGCAGCCAAGAAACCAAAGUUCAAGGACCCAGUUACGAUCCUUCCUUUAAAGGUGUUGGAUCAAGAUAUGUUGACAAAUUUUAACCGAUGGGUACUCGGUGAGAUUGAUAACAGUAGACCGAGGAAGUUGGAAUGUUGUGAUGGGACCCCUGUUUGGUUCUUGAAGUUGAAGGUGGCAAAAGAAUGGUUGGCAGAAACUCAUCUCGACGCUGCGAAUUAUCUUAUACGGAGACGUCUUUUUGAGUUGCCGAAGACGUACCCCGUGAAAGCCACCGUACUUGAUUCAUCAUUUGCACAAUAUAUUCCUGCCAGAUACGAGGAAUUCAAGAAAAAUGGCAGGACUUACCAAUGGGACUUGGACAUUCUUGAUUUCCUGAAAGGAGAUGCCAAAAAGUACAAGAAGCCUUGGGGUGAUUGCAACGAGGUCUACUUCCACUGGUGCAUGGAAAAUCGGCACUGGGUCCUUUGCGAAAUAAAUUUCGCUGAUUGGAUGAUCACUAUAUUUGACUCAGAUCAUUCUAACUUUAGCCAUAAUAAGUUGUCUGAGUUGAUGGAGCCUUGGACUAGGAUGCUUCCAUCUUUACUCAACGCUUCUGGUAUGUUUAAAGGACACCCCAAGUUGAAAAUAGCUAGACCGAAGAUCACCGUUCCAAACUUUGAUUGGCGGCGCAUGUCCACUGAUAUUAUCCCACAGUCUAGAACCAGCGGAGAUUGCGGUGUAUUCGCCAUCAAACACUUGGAGUUCAUUCUUGGAGACAUUCCCUUAUCAUAUGCCAUCGAGGACAACAUUCAGUACUUCAGGGAUAAAUUAUGCAUCGACAUUUUUUAUGAGAAUGUGUACCCUUGAUGUUAGAACAUUUAUUUUGAUUUCGAUGACACACAAUAGUAUAUUUCUCCUUAGUAUUGUAUAUAAAAAAUGUCGUUUCGAUUAACAAA